AUGCUUCUCUCACUUCUGUUGCAAUUGCUAGUUCUAGAAGUGUGCGCUGUUCUGAGCUUAGAGUCAGGUCAGUAUACCCACCAGGUCGAUCCGGACAGUUCCGAAGACGCAGAGUUCGACUAUAUUGUAGUUGGCGGCGGUACUGCUGGGAUUGUCAUCGCGACCCGAUUGGCGCAGAAAUCGCUGAAGGUUGCCUUGAUUGAAUCUGGAGAAUUGUCACAAUCCGUGGCUGCUGUCCCCGCCGCAGACGUGAUUCCUGUGGGAUCGGAUCCUGAUACGAAGGCCUCUUUUGACUGGGGUUUCGUUGCAGAAAACAUCCCUGGUGCCAAUGGAAGGUCAAUCCACUAUGCACGGGGGAAAUGUCUGGGUGGAACGUCGGCCAUGAACUUCAUGGUCUAUCAGCGACCGACUCGCGACUCGAUGGAGGUUUGGGCGACGGCAGUCAACGAUAGCAGCUACACAUUCGAUGAGGUCCUGCCUUAUUACAAGAAAAGCGUACAAUUUACUCCUCCAAACACAAAAACUCGGUUUGUGAACGCAACAGUGGGCUUUGACGCCAGCGCAUAUGAACCCGGAGCUGGCCCACUCCAGGUAUCCUAUGCGAAUUACGCCAUGCCCUUCUCAACCUGGAUGAAACACGGAAUGGAGGCGAUAGGAAUAAACGAAAUAGAGGAUUUCAAUGUGGGUGCUUUGAUGGGAGCUCAGUACUGCGCCUCAACUAUCAAGCCGGCCGACCAGACUCGGAGCAGUUCUCAGGCCUCGUUCCUGGCAACUAUCAACGCCCCUACCCUGACUACAUACUCAAGUUCUUCCGCUAGGAAGGUCCUUUUCGACAGGAAUAAAACAGCUACAGGCGUCCAAGUGAAGGGCGCUGAUGGUAACACGUUUAAUUUGAACGCAAAAAAAGAAGUAAUCAUCUCUGCAGGCGCCUUUCACACCCCGCAGCUGUUGAUGCUGUCGGGGAUAGGGCCAAAGGAUAUCCUUCAGCAACAUAAUAUUGAUCUGCUCGCUGAGAGGCCCGGAGUUGGACAGAACAUGUGGGAUCACCCAUUCUUCGCGCCGACAUACAGGGUCACAGUAGACACCUUCGCUAAGAUAGCUCCGGCCCUCCUGAAGCUGGUUGGGGAUUACCUCGACUCGAAACAGGGACCGCUGACAAACCCGGUAGCGGAUUACUUGGCUUGGGAAAAGAUUCCGAACAGUUUGCGGUCCAAAUUCACGAACGAAACGCAGGAUCAAUUGGCUAAGUUUCCAAAUGACUGGCCUGAGGCUGAGUAUAUCUCCGCUGCAGGGUACAUUGGUAAUGUCUCUAACCUUGUGGCCGACCAACCCCAAGACGGAUAUCAAUAUGCCUCAAUUGUCGGUGUGCUCGGUUCCCCUACUUCAAGGGGGACCGUAACGCUGAAAUCAGCUGAUCCAGAUGAUCUUCCCGUCAUUAACCCCAACUUGCUCGGAACCAAGUCUGACCAGGAGGUUGCUGUAGCUGUGUUCAAGCGUAUCCGAGAGGCAUUCCAGAGCAGGGCUAUGGCACCCAUAGUGAUCGGCGCUGAGUAUAAUCCUGGAAAAUACGUCCAAACCGACGAAGAGAUCCUGGAUUACAUCAGAAAUAAUGUGAUGACACUCUGGCAUGCUUCCUGUACCUGUAAGAUGGGCACACCUGACGACCACAUGGCCGUGGUUGAUAACCAAGCACGGGUCUAUGGUGUCGAGGGACUGCGUGUUGUGGAUGCCAGUGCCUUCCCCAUCCUGCCGCCGGGGCACCCUCAGUCAACCGUUUACAUGUUGGCAGAGAAGAUAUCUGAUAUCAUUAUCAAUGGGUUAAGCUGA